AUGCGGGGGGAAACGUGUGGGUCGCUGUUUAACCGGUACGCCGGGGCCACGCCACCCGCGCUGAUGGCCACCUUGGUCCGCCCCUUGCGCUGGGCUUCAUUUCCGCGAACGCCAUCUCCAGGCUUUCCCGGCCCUCGAGAGCCAGGCUGGGGGCGUCGGCCAGUGCGGGGUGAAGUGCCCCCACCCGCCCGGCGACGCUCCGCUCAGGACCCUGGGCCAAUGGAAAGAGAAGGGUCCAAAGCCUGGGGCCUCGGCAACUAUCUGUUUAACUUUGCAAGUGCGGCCACCAAAAGGAUAACUGAAUCAGUUGCUGAGACAGCACAAACGAUAAAGAAAUCCGUAGAAGAAGGAAAAAUAGAUGACAUCAUCGAUAAGACAAUUAUAGGAGAUUUUCAGAAGGAACAGAGAAAAUUUGUUGAGGAGCAGAAUACAAAGAAGUCAGAAGUAGCUGUGCCCCCAUGGGUUGACAGUAAUGAUGAAGAAACUAUCCAGCAACAAAUCUUGGCCUUAUCAGCUGACAAGAGGAAUUUCCUUCGGGACCCUCCAGCUGGUGUGCAGUUUAAUUUCGACUUUGAUCAGAUGUACCCUGUUGCCCUGGUCAUGCUCCAGGAAGACGAGCUGCUGAGCAGGAUGAGAUUCGCCCUCGUUCCUAAACUCGUGAAGGAAGAAGUAUUUUGGAGGAACUACUUCUACCGUGUCUCCCUGAUUAAGCAGUCAGCCCAGCUCACUGCCCUGGCCGCCCAGCAGCAGGCCACGGGAAAGGAGGACAAGAGCAAAGGCAGAGAGGAGGGCCUGCCACUGCCAGAGGCAGUACGGCCCAAAACCCCACCUGUUGUAAUCAAAUCUCAGCUUAAAACUCAAGAGGACGAGGAAGAAAUUUCCACCAGCCCAGGUGUUUCUGAGUUUGUCAGUGAUGCUUUCGAUGCCUGUAGCUUAAAUCAAGAAGAUCUGAAGAAAGAAAUGGAGCAACUAGUGCUUGACAAAAAGGAAGAGGAGACAGCAGCACUAGAAGAGGAUUCUGCAGAUUGGGAAAAAGAACUACAACAGGAGCUUCAAGAAUAUGAAGUGGUGACAGAAUCAGAGAAACGAGAUGAAAACUGGGAUAAGGAAAUAGAGAAAAUGCUUCAAGAGGAAAAUUAGCUAUUUCCUGAAAUAAAAGCUUGAUCUUUAACAUUCUGCAAACUGACAUUACGUUUUAGAUAUUGACGCUCACUGAAUCUCAGAAAGCACAAAAGAGUAGAACUUUAUAAAACUCGAAAUUACCCUUUUUUUCAAGCUGAAACUUGCCUCUUGUACUUUAGAGAAUAGAGAGUAGUUACUCUAAUAAUCAAGAAGUUUAUGUAACAUUUCUGUACUAUAAACGAAGUGAGAUGCUCUAAUAGGCAGCACGGACGGCUUUGCCAUGAGAACACAAGUGACACUUUAGAGUUCUGUUUUCCAUGAGGUCAAAUAUAAUUUAUUCCUUAGUCGUGAUUUUCUAAACAUUUGUACUCUUUGCAUUUUUGUUGACACAUGGAAAUUAAAGUUUCUUCCUGGGUUGAUUACUGUCAAAAUGACCAAAUUAUACCAAAGAACUUAAGAAGAAGCACUUUCAGAACAAUAUUCUUACUAGGUAUUUUCUAAAAUUCCGUUUGAAAGCCAAAAUAUAAAAUAAAAUAAAUUGAUUUUACUAAUAGAAACGUUACACAAUCUGACAUUAAGAAAUACUGUGCAAAAAUACUUGGUUUUCUCUAGGACCUCUUCUGUUUUUGUUUUGUUUUGAACUAUACUACAAAACUUUCUCAUCAAGGCUUUUGUAGAAAGUGGGGCCUUCCAUCCCCGUUUGUAUCAUGGACCUUCAGAAGCCCAUUCACCUUAAAGUCUGUCAUUCAUGUUUUAGUCCUCACCUAAUAUAAAUGUUUCAGCUUUGUCAUAAUUAAACUGUCAGUCUUUAUAAA